AUGCAGCCCCAGGUUGAGCAGCAGCUGGCCUACCUGCUUCUGGUUGAGCUAUUAGCACAUCAAUUUGCUUCACCUGUUCAAUGGAUUGCCACACAAGAGCUAUUUCUCAAAGAUUAUAAUGUCGCUCGAUUCAUUGAGGUUGGGCCGGCAGAUGUCCUUACCGGCAUGCUCAAGAAAACCGUAGCCCGACACUUCAAUUCACAAGAUGCUGCACGACACAUGAAGCGACGGUUUCUUUCAUAUGCGCAGAAUGCACAAGAAAUCAAGUAUCGGUUGGAGGCAACGCCGGCGGACGCUGGUGGAAAGAAAUUCUCCAAAGCCUCUGCAUCUGCUACGAAAGCGAUCGCAGCUGCCCAAGCGGCUGUCAGUGUUCAAACAGCUUCAUCGGAAGUUCAAGUCGCUGCAGAGGCACCGGCGCAGGUCGCAAAUGUCGCACCCAUCCCGGAUACCCCAGUCGAGGCUAAGGAGAUCUUGGUCGCUAUCAUUGCCAGCAAGCUGCGCAAGAGCCAUGGCGAAUUGGCCACAGAACAGUCUAUCAAAGCUUUAGCCAGCGGUCGGUCAACGAUGGAGAAUGAGAUUGUGGGAGACCUUGACACCGAGUUCGGUUCCCUCCCCGAGAAGCCAGAAGAUAUGUCACUCGACCAACUGGCCAGCCAGUUGCAAUCUGCAGCGGCAUUCACGGGGCAGCUACGCAAGGUCUCGACCUCGCUUGUUUCUAAGGUCUUUGCACAGAAACUUCCCGCUGGCUUCUCCAGUGGUGAUGUUCGUGAUUAUUUGCAGUCUCGAUGGGGUCUGGGCGCUGGUCGUCAGGACGCAAUUUUCCUGAGAGCAAGCACAGCACAGACCUCAUCUAGGUUAGGCGACUCGAAGGAGGCACAGUCAUUCUUUGAUGAUAUUGUAAAGGAGUACGGUACUUACCACGGGCUAGACUUUUCAGCAUCUGCCCAAUCUGCAUCAGCUGCAGUCACGGUCUCCGCUCCAGUGGACAGUGCAGCUCUCAAUGCCGUUGUCAAAGAUCAGGACAAGCUCAAGAAGUCGUUGAUGGAAUUAUAUGCACGACUUCUUGGGAAGGACCUGAGGCAAGAUGCUCAAGAAGCCUUAAAAGCACAACUGGCAACAGCAGACCUACAAAACCAACUGGACGGCAUUGCAGCCGAAGUAGGAGAUUUCUUCCUCUCUGGUAUCCGUCCUCUCUGGGCUGCACCAAAGGUCCGACGCUUCCACUCCAGCUGGAACUGGGUCUUGCAAGAUGCCUUGGAUCUUUUUCACCGGAUCCUGCGUGGUGAAUUCUCCGAUGCCGAGUUCGCCAAGUAUAGUAACGCCAUUGCAAACCGAUCUAGUCCACGGUUAGUUCGGAUGAUGAAUUAUCUGAUCAACAGUCAAUCUAUGCUCUGGGGCCCGCGCCUUCCUGAGGCCAAAGCUGCUGUGAACCGCCUGUUGGAGCGAUGUGAGACCACACGUAUUCCUCGAUUCGAGCCGUUAGCCGCCAACCACGAUGCCUUUGUCAAGGGUCCCAACACCGAGAUUGAUGAAAAGGGCAACAUCAAGUACCGCGAAAUCCCUCGUGCGGAAUCACCUGUUAUUGCGCCCAUUUCGAUCGCGACCCGUGAUCAGUCGGCUUGGCACACCUGCCAGUCACUGACUGCACUGUAUCGCGACGAAGUUCAAUCAUCCUGGAGUGAGGGAGUCACAUUCGUCAACAAAUACGUAUUGAUGACAGGUGUGAGUAUGGGCUCCAUUAAUGCGGAGGUUCUGAAGGGUCUAUUGAGUGGUGGUGCCAAAGUGGUCGUCACUACCAGUAGCUAUUCAUCUUCCACCACUCGCUUCUACCAGAAUCUCUACGUCGAGUAUGGUGCUAGGGGAUCUGAGCUUAUCAUCGCUCCUUUCAACCAGGGUAGUCAGCAGGAUCUUGAGGGUCUUGUGGAACACAUUUUCUCAGAUACUGGACUAGGCUGGGAUCUGGACCAUGUGAUUCCAUUUGCCGCUAUCUCCGAGUCCGGACGAGAGAUCGACAAUAUUGAUUCGCGCUCAGAACUCGCCCAUCGAAUCAUGUUGACCAACACAUUGCGACUGCUGGGUGCUAUCAAGAGGCAAAAGCAAACCCGCGGGUAUCGCACGCGACCCACUCAAGUUAUCCUGCCACUAUCUCCUAAUCACGGCGCAUUUGGAAAUGAUGGCUUGUACGGUGAGUCUAAGCUUGCGCUCGAAUCAUUAUUUGAGAAGUGGCACUCCGAGAGCUGGUCCGCGUAUCUGUCCAUUUGCGGUGCAGUAAUCGGAUGGACUCGCGGUACUGGACUCAUGGCUGAUAACAACAUCGUGGCCGCCGGUAUCGAAAAACAGGGUGUACAAACUUUCUCUACCGCAGAAAUGGCAGCGUAUAUCCUUGUUCUCCUGACCCGUAAGUUGGCUAGUCAAUGCAACAUUCAGCCACUGUAUGCCGAUCUUACCGGAGGUCUGAACGCUAUCCCCAAUCUCCGAGCCACACUCGAUCAGGUUCGCCGGGACAUUUUCGACGAAAGUACUAUACGCGCUAAUUUGGCCCGUGAGAAGGAGGCUGAAGAGAAGCUCACGAUUCUUGGCCCACAAGCCAAAGAAGAAAAGUCGCCUCGGCCUCGUCUGGCAAACAUUCCUUUCACAUUCCCCGACAUCCCUGACGAGGAGGCUGAGAUCAAGCCCCUCAGGGAGCAACUGCUUGGUAUGGCGAAUCUCGAUCGGGUUGUCGUUGUGACUGGCUUCUCCGAGGUAGGUCCUUUUGGCAAUUCUCGUACCCGAUGGCAGAUGGAGGCUACCGGGCGCCUCUCACUGGAAGGCUGCAUCGAGAUGGCUUGGAUGAUGGGCCUGAUUACACACUUCAACGGUCAACUAGAAGGUCAAAACUACACCGGAUGGGUCGACGCAAAUACCCAAAAACCUGUUCAGGAUCUUGACAUCAAAGCUCGCUAUGAAGAGCAUAUUCUAGCUCAUACAGGAAUCCGACUGGUCGAGCCUAGUCUUGAUACCAACACGCCAGGGAAACGCCAAAUACUGCAAGAAAUCGUCCUCGAGCAGGAUCUACCGCCUUUUGAGGUUUCCCCUGAGGUCGCGCGACAACUCAUCAAUGAGCACGGGGAGAAACAUGUUGAUUCCCUUCCGCUGGGAGACCGGUGCGUGGUCAACUUGAAGAAGGGUGCCACAUUGAUGAUCCCCAAAGCAUUGCAAUGGGACCAUGCAGUGGGAGGGCAAGUUCCGACCGGCUGGGAUGCACGUAUAUAUGGUAUUCCAGACGAUAUUGUCACUCAAGUUGACCGCGGCACUCUCUAUACCUUGGUUGGCACAAUCGAAGCAUUGAUCGCAUCGGGAAUCACCGACCCUUAUGAACUGUAUCAAUACAUCCAUGUCUCCGAAUUUGGAAAUUGCAUUGGCUCCGGUUUUGGAGGUGCGCAAUCACUGAAGAAAAUCUUCAAAGAUCGAUACAUGGACAAGGAUGUGCAGAAGGAUGUCCUCCAGGAGACCUUCAUCAACACAACUGCGGCCUGGGUUAACAUGUUGUUAAUAUCUUCAUCCGGACCUAUUCGAACUGCAGUAGGUGCGUGUGCUACCUCGGUCGAAUCACUGGAGACCGGAUUUGAGACAAUCGCUACCGGUCGAGCCAAGAUUUGUCUGGUCGGAGGUUAUGACGAUAUGAACCAAGAUGUGGCGGAAGAGUUUGCGAAUAUGAAAGCAACUACGGAUGCAGCCGCCGAGGCUAAGAAGGGUCGACUUCCCCAGGAGAUGUCACGACCAUCAGCCGAGAGCAGGAGCGGGUUCGUCGAGUCACAAGGUUGUGGAAUCCAGGUGAUUUGUUCUGCAAAACUCGCACUUGAACUUGGCUUGCCUAUUCAGGGUAUCAUUGCUUGGGUGGGUACUGCUAGUGACAAGAUCGGUCGCUCAGUGCCCGCUCCUGGACAAGGUAUCUUGACAAAUGCCCGUGAGCAGCACACCAGUCGAUUCCCGUCGCCGCUGCUAGAUGUGCGAUACCGCAAGCGCCGUCUGGCAACACGCUUUGCCCAGAUUCAGGAGUCUGUUGACAUCGAAGUGGAAAGUAUGGGAAUGAUGAUGGCCAACGAGAAUGGCACGAUUCCCGAAACCCACCAGGAGGAGUAUGACCAUCACCUGAAAUUUGUCGAGCAGGAGGCCGAGCGCCAACGCAAGGAAGCUCUGAAUACAUUCGGCAAUGACUUUUGGAAAGACCAGGAUUCUAUCUCGCCUCUUCGAGGUUCCCUGGCAGUCUUUGGUCUCAGUAUUGAUGACCUUGACUUUGUCACUCUGCAUGGUACUAGCACAGUGAUGAACGAUAAGAAUGAACCAUCUGUUCUAGAAGCUCAGAUGAAACAUCUCGGUCGCACACCGGGCAAUCCACUAUUCGCCAUCUCACAGAAAUAUCUUACGGGACACCCCAAGGGUGCCGCCGGAGCAUGGAUGCUGAAUGGUGGUCUGCAAGUACUCAACACUGGCCUCAUCCCCGGCAACCGCAAUCUCGACAGUGUGGAUGGCAACUUGGAGAAGAACGAAUAUAUCGUCUACCCCAACCACAGCAUCCAGACUUGUGGCCUGAAAGCUUUCUCCCUCACCUCUUUCGGCUUCGGACAGAAAGGUGCACAGGCUAUCGUUGUUCAUCCACGAUACCUGUAUGCCAUGCUGGAAGAAGCCGAGUUCAAUGAGUACCGUAAGAAACGGCAGAUUCGCCACCGCAAGGCUUUCCGUUUCUUCCACCAUGGUCUGGUCACGAAUACUAUGUUUGUGCCAAAGACUGAGGCGCCUUACCGAGCGGCGCAGCAGAACUCAGUGCUACUGGAUCCUACAGCCCGAGCUACCGCAAGUUCUGGAUCGGUUCUGCACGUGUACUCGGAUCUUAAGACUCCCAAAUCCAUUCUCUUGGGAGAUCUCGAGAACUUCCAAGGCUAUGGGGUGCAGGCUUGUGAGACCAAGUUUGGCGUUGACCAUUCCAAUACGCUGAAAAUCAUGGAACACCUUGCUUCAACGUACCAGGGCCAGGGUCGAUUAGAAGAGGCAGAGCAGUUGCUUAUGCGGAUUAAAGAUAUUGAAGAGGCAAAGCUCGAUGAUAUCAGAUCGGACACAAGUGAUACCUCCAGUGGAGGCUCAAAUGAGACGCGUCAGUUCGAGGUAUGUGGAACUCGAACGCAAAAAUUGAUGAUCCCACCAUCCCCUCCCCCCUCAAGUUCUCAUAACUGGACUACGCUUUAUCUUGUCUCUCUUCCUCUGCCGACCAAUGUUUCCGCCCUGCAAUUCGAUGUCAUCAGCCAUGAUCAAGGAUCCUGUGAUCGCCCACAAGACGGAAUAUGGUCCUGGUUUGAGGCAUCUAUCUUGAAACCUUUGAAGGAGAGCGUAAAGCCCGAGUUCAGUAGCUCUGAUGAUGAUCCUAUUUAUAUCACAUCAUACCCUAAGAACUUGCAAGGGAUCCUCCAAGAGCACGGGCUUCAUUUCUAA